AUGUUACUCCGGUUACCAAAUGAACUACUGCUGUCCAUUACGGAGUGGCUGGAGUCCGAAAAGGAUAUAAACUCUCUUGCUCAAACGGAUACUCGCCUGUAUAGUCUUAUCAACCCCACUCUUUAUCGCUACAACGUACAACAAGGAAGUUCGGCAUUGUUGUGGGCUGCAAGACGGGGACAAAAAGGGACAGCUCAAAAAUCGCUCGCAGCAAGACCUCAUACCCAACCACCGUCCAUUGCCCUGCAAAAAGGACUUUCAAAGGCAGCAAAGCAUGGCCAUGAGGUGGUGGUCAGAUUACUACUCAAUAUAAAAGGCGUUGAUCCUAAUUCAAAGGAUUCUCAGGGAGGGACACCACUACUAAAGGCAGCUCAAAAUGCGUGUGAGGCUGUGGUUAAGCUACUACUCACAACUGGGGGUGUAUCCCCUGAUUUGAAGAAUUCUAGGGGAGAGACACCACUAUGGUGGGCAGCACGGAAUGGACACGAGGGCGUGGUCAAGUUGCUUCUUGCCACGAAGCGCGUUAACAUCAAUUCCAAAGAUGUACAUGGAGAGACACCGCUGUUGAAGGCGGCACAAAAUGGACAUAUGGCAGUGGCCAACUUGCUGCUCACCACGGACGGCGUAGACCCUGAUUCCCAGGAUUGGAACGGACGGACACCUCUAUCAUGGGAGUCACAACAUGGACAUGAAACAUUGGUCAAAUUGCUUCUCGCCACAGAGGGAGUCAAUGCUAAUUCUAAAGAUCGUUGGGGAAGGACGCCAUUAUUAAUAGCAGCACAAAAUGGACAUGAAGCGGUAGUCAACCUGCUACUCCACACUGCGGGUGUUAACCAUGACUCUGAUCAUAACGGACAGACGCCUUUGUUGGAGGCGGCACUUGGAGGACAUGGAGUGGUAGUCAAUAUACUGCUUGAUAUAGCGGGCGUCAACCCUGACUCCAAGGAUUUUGACGGUCGGACACCCCUCUUGAUGGCGGCAUGGGUUGGAAAUGUAACGGUGGUUAAAUUGCUGCUUACUGCGGGUUCCGAUCCUAAUACCAAGGAUUAUAUGGAAGAGACGCCAUUAUCAAAAGCGGCACAGGAAGGGCAUGAUAUGGUAGUUGAGCUUCUGCUUGCUACAGAGGGUAUCGACCCAGACUGUCGGGAUUCUAACGGACGUACACCCCUGUCAAGAGCGGCAGAAAAUGGGUAUGAGACAGUGGUUAAACUGCUGCUUGCCACUAAAGGGGUUAACCCAGAAUCCCAAGAUUUUGAAGGACGAACACCCUUUUCAUGGGCAGAUGAUUACGGCAAUGAAACUAUAGCCGAAAUACUGCGGGACCAUGUCAAUGCAAACACUCCUAGAGAUUCAUUCGAUGAAUUUGCCUAA